AUGGACCGGAAGAGGGGUGAGGGGUCGCCGGAUCCGCAGGGUAGCGGGGCGCAGGUCCCCGGCGGCGCGGGGUUAGUAGGUUCGCGAUGUCGCGUCGCCGUCGGUCGGAAUGCAUUCGCGGACGUUAAGAGCGACCUGAGGUGUCGUCGUGGCCUCUACCUGAGUAAGCGGUUGGUAGGUCGAAUGGUAAGCUUACACUGCGUAUGGGCGCACUGCGCGCGGGCCGCCCUAUAUGAGGCGCCGCCGUCUCGGCGGCAUCGCUCUCGCUCCACCUCGUGCCUCUCACGCAUCUAUUCUUGA